AUGCCUUCGGAUCACGACCAGCGGUACGAAACCGUGCCGCCCAUCCCAAGUUACGAUGAGGCCCUUGCCACCAACGGCCCGGCCGAUCCUACCGAAUGGCAAAUGCCACGCUCCCCGAUAGACGAUCGCUCACGGAACGAGACCGAGUCGCAGUCUCUACUGAACAGAAAUGGCGUUGCGACAUCGUCUCGCCGGCCGAACGGCUAUCGCCCACCAACAGUCGAGUCGGAAGACGAAGAUAGCGCAUGGGGCAGCGAUGAUGAAGGCGACGAGACGGCCUACGUGCGCAGAGAGAUGCAGGAGCUGGAAAUAGGCGAUCCGGAUGACAGAUCACGCCCUUCAAUAUGGGGAAAAAGGAUACCCUUCUCCCUCUCUUUGCCACGAUGGCGGUCUUGGCGAUGGCGGCUGCCAAGGCUACGCCCGACUAUCCGGCUGCCCUCCGGCCCCAACGAAAAUUCCAACGAUACAAACGAUGCGAAUGCGACGACGACGACGACGAGACCGCGGAUUACACUGCCGCAGUGGGACAAGGACAAGGCGCGGGCGGCCAUCAUCAUCUUCGCCCGCAUCUUCGCGAUUGUCUUGGUCAUGGGUAUCCUUUACGCACUCUUCAUGAGCGAUCUUUUCACGAGCAUGGCCAGGCGCAUGAACGGUGGGUUGCGCUUCAACCCCGAAGACGUGCGCAUGUAUGUGCAGGGCAACGUCGAGGACCGCAGAAUGAAGGCGUCCGUGGCCCAUUAUACCAAAUACGCCCACAUGGCAGGAACUGAGGGCGAUUACGCUUUGGCCAUGGAUGUCGAGUCCAUGUUCACUAGAGCCGGACUGGACUACGUCAACGUCGACGAGUACUACGUAUACCUGAACUACCCGAAGGCUGGAGGACGAGCGGUGGAGAUUCUGGGUGACGACGGGAAGGCGAAGUGGACUGCGAAGCUCGAAGAGGAGGAAAUCGGAGGAGAAGCCGCGGGACAUCAGACAUUUGUGUUCCAUGGCCACUCCAAGUCGGGAGAUGUCAAGGGGCCCCUCAUUUAUGCCAACUACGGCGCGAGAUCCGAUUUCAAAAAGCUAGCCGACAGCGGGAUCGACACCAAGGGCGCCAUCGCCCUCGUUCGCUACUACGGCCCGCAGGGAAAUCUUGCGCUCAAGGUCAAGGCCGCCGAGGAGGCGGGCUUUGCGGGAUGCAUCGUUUACAGCGACCCGGCGGAUGACGGCUUCAGACUGGGCGACGUUGCGCCAAACGGCCGCUUCAUGCCCGCUGACGGUGUCCAGAGAGGCUCCGUCGCAUUGUCAAACUGGGUCAUCGGCGACCCCUUGACCCCUGGAUGGGAGAGCAAGAAGAACUUGCCGCGCAUGAAGCCGGACGAGAGCAAGGGCCUGGUCAAGAUUCCAAGCUUGCCCCUAGCCUGGCGCGACGCACAGAUCUUGUUGCAGCACCUCAAGGGUCAUGGUGAGCAGGUGCCAAAGGAGUGGGCAGGAGGGGUUCCUGACGUCGCCGAAUGGUGGACUGGCAACCUGUCAUCGCCAAUCGUGCGCCUAAAGAACGACAACGACGUCGUCCUGGAGAAGGGCAUCUGGAAUGUCUACGGCAAGAUCGAAGGCAUCGAGCAAGACCAAAAGUCCAUCAUCAUAGGCAACCAUCGCGAUGCCUGGUCUUUCGGCGCUACCGAACCCCACUCCGGCACGGCCAUCAUGAUCGAGAUGGCGCGCAUCUUUGGGUCCCUUGUGGCCAAGGGCUGGCGCCCACUCCGAAGCAUCGAAUUUAUGUCGUGGGACGCUGAGGAGUACAACAUGAUUGGUUCAACGGAGUUUGUGGAACGCAACGAAGAACUCCUGAGGCAAAAUGCAUUCGCGUACAUCAACUUGGAUUCUGCCGUCUCAGGCACCGAGUUCCACGCCGCUGGAUCGCCCGUCUUUAGACAGUCUGUCUACCGCGUCAUCGACCGCGUCUUUGACGAAAGCCUCAAUGCCACACUCCGCGGUCUCUGGGACCAGCGCGAGGCUGAUCUAGAGGACCUCGGCAUGGGCGGUGAUUAUGUACCCUUCCAAAACAUCGUCGGCACUAGCUCGAUCGAUCUUGGGUUCCGUGGCGCGCGGUUCCCGGCCCAGUCCAGCUACGAUAACAACGAAUGGGUCAACCGCAUCGGCGACCCCGACUUCACGUACCACGUUAUGAUGGGCCAGGUUGUCGGCCUCCUCCUUCUCGAGCUCGCGGACAAGCCCAUCCUGCCAUUCGACAUGAUCGGAUACGGCGACCGCAUCGAGCGUUAUAUCAACGACUUAUCCAACUUCUGUGAGCACAGGGGCGCGAGCGCGCAGGACAAGUUCUCGCUGGAACCUCUCAAGAAGCUCGUCGAUGUGCUCAAGAACACCCUCAAGGCCUUCUCCUUGUGGGAAAUGACGUGGGAGAGCACCGUCAUGGCCGGCAAUGGAUGGGAGUCGGGCGAUAUGGGUGACAAGCGCAUUCGGUUCAACAACCGUAUGGCUGAAUUUGAGACGGCAUUACUCGACCUUGAACAAGGCGGUGGUAUGCCCAACCGUCCGCAGUUCAAACACGUCAUCUUCGGACCCCAGGCCUGGUCCGGCAACAAGCCCGUCACUUUCGCCGGCAUCCGCGACGCCGUGGAAGCCGGCGACUGGGAGCUCGCCAACAAGCUGGUCGAGAAAACGGCGGGCAUCAUCCAGAAGGCGACAACCAUGUUGCUGGAUUGGGAGAAGAAGACGGAGAGCUGA